CUCAUAUUAAAAACCUAGUGACAGACAAACACAGUCGGGUGACUCAACUGCGACUCGGCUGCGUAUCGGUCCGUUUCUUUUGGUGUCCGAGGGAAAACUGUAGCUGAUGGGACAAGUUCCGCUGAUUUAGCUACGGAAGCAGUAUGGCUCACAGUGCCAGGAAAGACUCUCCGGAGCUCCCCGACUUCUCGAUCCUCAAGCGGCUAGCCAAAGACCAGCUCAUCUACCUGCUGGAACAGCUGCCGGGGAAGAAGGACCUUUUCAUCGACGCAGAUCUGAUGAGCCCAUUGGAUCGGAUCGCUAACGUGUCAACACUACGGCAACAUGAAGUCGACAAACUCUACAAAGUGGAAUACAAACCUAUUAUAAGCACCUCAGAUCAGAUCUGUUUUCUUAUCCGGCCAAGAAUACAGACAGUGAAGUGGAUAUGUGAUGUCGCCAAUACAGACAAGACAGCAGGGAAAUUCAGAAGAUACAAAAUAAUUUUUACCCCACAGAAGUUCUACGCGUGUGAUGCGGUGCUGGAGGAGCAGGGCAUCUUCGGGGAUGUGACCACUGAUGAAUGGCCCUUCUAUCUUCUUCCACUGGAUGAAGACAUCAUCAGUUUGGAGCUGCCAGAGUUCUUUCGAGACAACUUCCUGGCAGGCGACCAGCGGUGGGUGAGGACCAUCAGCAAUGUUCUGCACCAGCUUUAUUCCCUCUACGGUCCCUUCUCUAAGGUCUAUGGGAUUGGACGGUGUUCAAAGAUGGCAUAUGACGCGUGGAAGCAGAAUAAAGAGGGAGAACAAAAAGCUGAUCAUGCUGCCAUAGGAAAGAUGGUUCUCAUCGACAGAGAUGUGGACUAUGUUACACCUCUGUGCUCACAAGUUGUGUAUGAAGGACUUGUGGAUGAUAUAUUUAAAAUAAAAUGCGGAUGUGUGGAGUUUGGACCUGAUGUUACAUCUGAUAACAAAAGUGUAAAAGUCAUGCUAAACUCUGAGGAUAAGGUCUUUGCCGAAAUUAGAAAUGAGCACUUCUCCAACGUGUUCGGGUUCCUGAGUCAGAAAGCCAGAAACCUCCAGACAGCAUACGAUAAGCGUCGGGGGAUGGACAUCCAGCAGAUGAAGACUUUUGUGUCUGAGGAGCUGAAAGGGUUAAAACAGCAGCAUCGCUUACUAAGCCUACAUAUCGGUGCUAGUGAAUCAAUAAUGAAGAAGAAAACCAAGCAGGACUUCCAGGAGUUGCUGAAGACAGAACACUCUUUGCUCGAGGGAUUUGAAAUCCGUAAAUGCAUUUCCUACAUAGAGGAGCACAUCAGCAGACAGGUCUCCAUGGUAGAAAGCCUGCGACUACUGUGUCUUCUGUCUAUCACAGAAAAUGGGCUUCUCCCAAAAGACUAUCGCUCACUCAAAGCCCAGUAUCUGCAGAGCUACGGAGUCCACCACCUGCUCACGUUUGCCAACCUGAGGCAGCUGGGGCUGCUGGUGGAGCAGCAGCCGGGGGAAACCUUGACUGUCAUGGAGAGCAAGGUGGGAAAACUGGUCAAUGACAAAGCUGCAGGAAAGUUGACUGAUGCCUUCUCUUCUCUGGCAAAGAAGAGCAACUUCAGAGCCUUAAGCAAAAAGCUGAACCUGGUGCCAAAGUCAGAGGAGUAUGACCUGCGCAUCCCGCGGGACAUGGCGUACAUCUUCAGCGGUGCCUACGUCCCUCUGAGCUGCAAACUCAUCGAGCAGGUGUUGGAGCGAGAUGGUUGGACCGGGCUUGAAGAAGUCAUUAGGCUACUAAACGGACAUGAAUUUACUGGUCCAGGAUGCAACGGAGUUGAUUUAGGCGUGAAAAACGAUGCUCAGCGAAUCAUCUUGGUCAUGUUCCUCGGUGGCUGCACCUUCUCUGAGAUUUCAGCGCUGCGUUUCCUCGGCAGAGAGAAAGGUUUUAAAUUCAUUGUAGUAACAACAGCUAUUACAAACAGUUCAAGGCUUUUAGAGGCUUUGCUGGACAACCAUGUAUAAAUGUGGUGAUGGAGGCUGUCGGCGCAUCGUGAUGGACGGAACCGGAUGCAUUCCUGCUGCUUCAACCAUUCCUUCUGAUCAGCACCGUUCUGUGUUGUACAAAGUUAAUAAAUGUUUUACCACAGGA